UGUUGUUAGGUUUAUUUAAUUGCGCGUAUUGACAAUCAAAUUAGGAAAUUUUCUAAAAAAAAAUUCUCUAUUUUGUUAGGAUUUGUUUCCCAAUCCAAUAUUAAUUAGGAAACUUUUCGUGUAUAUAUAUAUAAAUGCAUUAUGUGAAUUCUACUCACAAAAUUUACUUACUUGUAAUACUUGCUUUUUCUUCAAUGGCGAAAAUGUACGGAAUCGAAUUCUAUGGUGAUGAAAUCCAAGUGACUGUUUCGAAGAAUGCCGUCGUUGUUAAUGACUGGAUUCUGGAAACUGUGCAGCUGCAUCGCCGGAGACAUCACAAACUUGUAGUUGGGCUUGAUAUCGAGUGGCUGCCCUGUUUCAACCCUGACGAAAAUCACCCUGUCGCUCUUCUCCAGCUCUGUGUAGGACGGCGUUGCUUACUCUUCCAACUCCUCCACAGAGAUGGCGUUCCAGCAUAUCUCGCCGAGUUCCUUGUGGAUUCCAAUGUGAAGUUUGUUGGAGUCGGGGUUGAAGGAGACGCGGAGAAAUUGCUCCGCGAUCAUAAGCUGUUCGUUUCGAAUACUGUGGAUUUGAAUCGAUUGGCGUUGUCGGUUUACGGAGAGGAAGUGUAUGGGAAGAUGGGAUUGAAGAGAAUGGCGAAAGAGGUACUUGGGAAAGUGAUGGAGAAGCCAAAGAACGUGACAUUGAGUAAGUGGGAUGCUGAGGAGUUGGUGUAUGAACAAGUUGAAUAUGCUGCUAUUGAUGCUUUUAUGUCGUUUGAGAUCGGCAAAACUUUGCUUAAUUUAGUGUGGAAGAGAGAGAGAGAGAGGCAGUAUUUGAAUUGCCAUUAUCAACCACCGCCAUUGUUGCUGCUUCAACAUACUCAGGGGAUGUUUCAAACAUUUGCUCUCUUUUCAGUCUGAUAGAAUUGAAUGUAUUAGUAGCAGUUUACAUAGCAUUCACUUUUUAGUAUAUAAAUAUAAUAUGAGAAAUAUAUUAUUUUCUUAAAAGUUGGAUCAGUCUUUUCCCAUAAUUUUUUUUUAUCAAAUGAGAGUUUCCUUUCCUCAAUGAAUGAAUAUUUCAACUGUACAAUGUUUCUCUAAACCACAUCCCUUGUGUUUAUAAUAACAGCAGGUGUUUAACAGGGAUAAAAGAAAUAAAAACCUAUAUCCCUACAGCUAAAUAAGCUUUCAUCAUACAACUGAUGUUACAAAAAGUAGCUAAACAAAAAAGAAGAAAAAA